GCCACCCUAGGCAUGUUUACGCAACCCGCUCAGUUCAAUGGCACUUAUUCUCCCAAGUGUGUGCGCACUGGACUGUGCUUUUUGUUGUUGCAAGAGGUGGAAGAACAAAGCUUGCUGACAUCCGUAGGCACGUUAGGAUUCCAGGCCAUCUGAUCCACAGUGAAGAAUAUGAGGCAGAUUUACCGCUGAGUGGAGAAACAGUCGCCUCUAGAUAUGGAGACCACCACCUGCGUGAUGCUCCCUCUGGUCUCCUGCUUCCACUUGCUGCAGCUCUGGCCUUUCUUACUUCUCGCUUCAGCACUUCCAUCCCACAGCGGCUGGUCUCUGCGCACCCGGGGCCUUCUGGCAGCGCGGCCCCUCUGCAGCCACCGCAGCCCUUCCUCCCCUCGGUCCGUUUGCAUCUGGGACAAGAACCCAACCCCGGAGAAAGGAUCCCGCUCUACCUCACAGCGCCACCGGUCUGUGGUUCCCAAAGGGGCUGGGCUGCGCAGCUCAGUGCGCCUGAGGCGCCAGGCUCAGGGGGCCCGGCCUGCCACUCCGUCUGGCUUUGAGGAUGGCCUGUCUUCCUCCCAGUACCCCUGGGCCAUCGUCUGGGGCCCCACAAUAUCCGUUGAGGAUGGAGGCGACGCCAACUCUGCCAACCCUGGCUUCCCACCUCUGGGUUACACCUUCGUUUCGUCAAGCGGAAUGGCGACAGCGCAGCCCAACUCCCACUCCCUGCUACACAACGAAGGGCUCAACCUGCGCCAGACCCCAGCCACCCUACGGCCCUUCCUUUUUGGGCCACGGGGAGAAGGUGUGGACCCUCAGCUGUAUGUCACCAUUACGAUCUCUGUCAUUAUUGUCCUUGUUGCUAUGGGGAUAAUACUCAAAUUCUGCUGGGACAGGAACCAGAAACGACGUCACCACUCCAGCCAGCAAAGCGGAUUGCAGCAGGAGGGUAGCCAUCAGCCCUUAACGGACCUAUCUCCCUCUGCGGUCAGCAUCCUGGGACCCUUCAGCGACUCACCGACUCCUACACCAGACAUGAUGGAAACUGGACAGGGAUUGGAAGGCAUGGAGAAGCUAGAGGGACUAGGGAAGACCAGUGCCUUCCAGCUCAACAGGAUCCCACUGGUGAACCUGUGAUUGCCCUGGAAGCAGCAGGCCCGGCUCCUUCGUUGCGAGACCAAACACUGAGUUUGCCAGAGAGUCCCAUAGAACUGGCAGCCCUCCCUUUUAGUUCCAUCCGCCUGCGAGUAUGGUACUGCUACUCCUCACACAGCAGCAGAAGUAUUGUAGACCCCUUUGUGCCCUGACAUUCCGUCAUCAUUGCAGACCCAGCCCAAAUCAAGGUUUUAGCUCAGGAGGAGCUGGGCUCCGUGGUGGGUCCUCAUGGCAGAGAUGAUGACUGGGGCGGUCUAAUGGGAGCAGAGGGGUGAGGAGGGAGGCCUAGAAGACAAGAGCUAUUAGCACCUUAAUGGUAACGUUUCAAAGAUAUCCCUUGUACCCCCGGCAUAAACAUCCAUGCACAAACAUGUAUUUAUUUAUGUUUAAGUAAGCAUGCUUGAUAGUGGGAUGCAGAAGCAGGAUCUCCUAUUCGGUGUCUCCCCAUCUUUCUCCUUUCCUCAUCAUGCGGUUUUGAAGCAUCUUCCAAAGAGCCAAAGCUCACAGCACAUUCUCCUGAGCCAUGAAUUC